UAACCUGAACGUAAUCAGCGCGUUGUGCUUCCGUUGUGCUGUUGCAGCGUCGCAUGCUAGCUAGUAUAAACAAUGCUACUUUAAAUAUAGUUUACUAUUUGUAACAUUUUAGUACUAAACAUCAUCGCAAAUUUAUAACCCUGGGAAUAAUUUAACGUUAUUUAAUAGACUCGACCACCAUGGACGCGAAAAAAAGAAUCUACACCGAGGAAAGGUCUGGAUCGGAGGGAUCUGAGGAUGAUGACUAUGUGCCAUAUGUCCCUGUUAAGAUCAGAAAACAGCAUGUGUUACAGAAGGUGAUGCGACUGCGUGGAAAAGGGCUCACGGAGGAUGAACAGAAAGACAGCGGGGGAGAGCAGAAAGAUGAGGAUGAAGGUCUUGGCCCACGAUCAAACGUCAGUCUGCUGGACCAGCAUCAACACCUCAAAGAAAAAGCAGAAGCCCGUAAGGAGUCAGCUAAGGAGAAGCAGUUGAAAGAAGAAGAAAAGAUUCUGGAGAGCGUGGCUGAAGGCAGAGCUUUGAUGUCUGUGAAGGAAAUGGCCAAAGGUAUCACAUACGAGGACCCUAUUAAAACAAGUUGGAAACCACCACGUUACAUUCUGACCAUGCAACCGGCACGCCACGAUCGAGUUCGGAAGAAGUACCAUAUUCUUGUGGAGGGUGAAGGCAUUCCACCUCCCAUCAAGACCUUUAGAGAGAUGAAGCUUCCUCAGGCCAUUCUGAAAGGUCUGAAGAAGAAAGGAAUCAUUCACCCGACACCCAUUCAGAUUCAGGGAAUACCAACUAUUCUCUCAGGCCGAGACAUGAUUGGUAUCGCCUUCACCGGCUCAGGAAAGACCCUCGUGUUCACGCUGCCGAUCACCAUGUUCUGUCUGGAGCAGGAGAAAAGAUUGCCUUUCUGUAAGAACGAGGGACCGUACGGCCUGAUCAUCUGCCCUUCUAGGGAGCUGGCGAGGCAGACUCAUACUAUAAUUGAGUACUACUGUAAGUUGCUGGAAGAUGAGGGAGCACCUCAGUUGCGAUGUGCCUUGUGUAUUGGAGGCAUGUCUGUGAAAGAACAGAUGGAGGUGGUCAAACGUGGGGUUCAUAUGAUGGUGGCCACUCCGGGCAGACUGAUGGAUCUACUGAACAAAAAGAUGGUGAGUCUGGACAUCUGUCGGUAUCUGGCUCUGGACGAAGCUGACAGGAUGAUUGAUAUGGGUUUUGAAGAGGACAUCAGGACCAUCUUCUCUUACUUUAAGGGUCAGAGACAAACACUGCUCUUCAGUGCCACUAUGCCCAAGAAGAUCCAGAACUUUGCCAAAAGUGCUUUAGUUAAGCCUAUCACUAUCAACGUGGGCCGCGCUGGAGCUGCGAGCUUGGACGUCAUUCAGGAAGUGGAGUAUGUCAAAGAAGAGGCCAAAAUGGUUUAUCUACUCGAGUGUCUCCAGAAGACUACACCUCCAGUUUUACUAUUUGCAGAGAAGAAAGCAGAUGUGGAUGCCAUACAUGAGUAUCUGCUGCUUAAAGGUGUGGAGGCCGUGGCUAUACAUGGAGGAAAAGACCAAGAGGAGCGAACCAAAGCCAUCGAAGCAUUCAAAGGGGGAAAGAAGGAUGUUUUGGUGGCUACUGAUGUCGCUUCGAAAGGUCUGGACUUCCCAGCUAUACAACACGUGGUCAAUUACGACAUGCCAGAGGAAAUCGAGAACUACGUUCACAGAAUAGGCAGAACGGGUCGAUCAGGAAAGACUGGAAUAGCCACAACCUUUAUCAACAAAGGAUGUGAUGAGUCAGUGCUGAUGGAUCUCAAAGCCUUGUUGGUGGAAGCCAAGCAGAAGGUUCCUCCUGUUCUGCAGGUCCUCCAAAUGGGUGACGAGACAAUGUUGGAUAUUGGAGGAGAGAGAGGAUGUACGUUCUGUGGUGGUUUGGGUCACAGGAUCACAGAUUGUCCCAAGUUGGAGGCCAUGCAGACGAAACAGGUUACCAACAUUGGACGCAAAGACUAUUUGGCCAACAGCUCAAUGGAUUUCUAAAGCUGUGUACAUCCCUGUUCUUACCCACUGUCAUCUCAUUAUUUUGUACAAAGUGUGUUAUUCUUGAAACUCUAUUUGCAUUGAUUUCAGUGAAAUUGUUUUUUGAUGGUUGUUGUUACAAAAUGCAGUAAAAAGUACUGCUUUAUGAAAGUAAGAAAAAAGUUUCAAGGUUCAAUUGUUGCGGUUGUUUUUGAGACAGCUGAAGUUAAACAAUCUUUGUCUGUACCCCACUCGUGCAUGUUUUAAUCAAAUUUCUUUGCAACACAUCUCGUGUAAAUAAAUGUGACUGUGAACAUCAA